GCGUCUUUUCACUUAUACCCUCGUUUUGAAUUUGCUCUCGGAAAGCGUCUGAGAGAGUGCUCGGUGGUUUCUCCCGCCGCUUGUGGUUUUUUCCGUUACCGGAAUAUCCUUCUCCUCCGAUGGUUAGUCUGCGCUCCACAGAAAACACUCCGGCUUCGGAAAUGGCCAGCGACGGCAAAACGGAGAAAGAUGGCUCCGGCGACUCACCCACAUCUGUUCUCAGCGAUGAGGAAAACUGUGAAGAGAAAACUGCUACUGUUGCUGUAGAGGAAGAGAUACUUCAAGCCAAGAAUGGAGAUUCGUCUCUCAUCUCUGAGGCCAUGGCUCAGGAAGAAGAGCAGCUUCUCAAAAUCCGGGAAGAUGAAGAGAUUGCUAAACGUGCUGCUGGCUCUGGUGAAGCUCCUGAUCUGAAUGAUACUCAGUUUACUAAACUUGAUGAGCUCUUGACGCAAACCCAGCUCUACUCUGAGUUCCUUCUUGAGAAAAUGGAGGAUAUCACCAAAAAUGGGAUAGAAGGUGAGACCCAAAAGGCCGAGCCUGAGCCUGAGCCUGAGCCCGAGAAGAAAGGCCGUGGACGUAAAAGAAAGGCUGCUCCUCAGGGCGACAGUAUGAAGGCUAAGAAAGCUGUCGCUGCUAUGAUUUCAAGAUCCAAAGAAGGCCGUGAAUCUGCUGACUCAGAUCUGACAGAGGAAGAAAGAGUCAUGAAAGAGCAGGGUGAACUUGUUCCUCUUCUGACUGGCGGAAAGUUAAAGUCUUAUCAGCUCAAAGGUGUCAAAUGGCUGAUAUCAUUGUGGCAAAAUGGUUUGAAUGGAAUUUUAGCUGAUCAAAUGGGUCUUGGAAAGACAAUUCAAACCAUUGGUUUCCUAUCACACCUCAAAGGAAAUGGGUUGGAUGGUCCGUAUCUAGUAAUUGCUCCACUCUCUACUCUUUCAAACUGGAUGAAUGAGAUCGCUAGGUUCACGCCUUCCAUUAAUGCAAUCAUUUACCAUGGAGAUAAGAAAGAAAGGGAUGAGCUCAGGAAGAAGCACAUGCCCAGAACUGUUGGUCCGAAGUUCCCUAUAGUCAUAACUUCUUAUGAGGUUGCUAUGAAUGAUGCUAAAAAGAAUCUGCGGCACUAUCCAUGGAAAUAUGUUGUGAUUGAUGAGGGUCACAGGUUGAAAAACCACAAGUGUAAACUGCUGAGGGAACUAAGAUACUUGAAUAUGGAGAACAAACUUCUGCUGACAGGAACACCUCUGCAAAAUAAUUUGUCUGAGCUUUGGUCACUGUUGAAUUUUAUUCUGCCUGACAUCUUUGCAUCACAUGACGAAUUUGAAUCAUGGUUUGAUUUUUCUGGAAAGAAUAAUAAUGAAGCAACUAAGGAAGAAGGAGAAGAGAAAAGAAGAGCUCAAGUGGUUGCGAAACUUCAUAAUAUACUACGACCUUUCAUCCUCCGAAGAAUGAAAUGUGAUGUUGAGCUCUCACUUCCCCGGAAAAAAGAGAUUAUCAUCUAUGCUACAAUGACGGACCAUCAGAAGAAGUUCCAGGAACAUCUUGUGAACCACACCUUGGAAGCACACAUUAGAGAUGAUACUGUCCGAGGUCAUGGCUUGAAGGGAAAGCUUAACAAUCUUGCUAUUCAACUUCGAAAGAACUGCAACCAUCCUGACCUUCUUGUGGGGCAACUAGAUGGCUCAUAUCUCUACCCACCUUUGGAAGAUAUUGUGGGACAGUGCGGUAAAUUCCGCUUAUUGGAGAGAUUGCUUGUUCGGUUAUUUGCCAAAAAUCACAGAGUCCUUAUCUUCUCCCAGUGGACAAAAAUACUGGACAUUAUGGAUUACUACUUCAGUGAGAAGGGGUUUGAGGUUUGCCGAAUCGACGGCAGUGUGAAACUAGAAGAAAGGAGAAGACAGAUCCAAGAAUUCAAUGAUGAGAAGAGCAACUGCAGGAUAUUUCUUCUCAGUACCAGAGCUGGAGGACUCGGAAUUAAUCUUACUGCUGCAGAUACAUGCAUCCUCUACGAUAGCGAUUGGAACCCUCAAAUGGACUUGCAAGCCAUGGACAGAUGCCACAGAAUUGGUCAGACAAAACCUGUUCAUGUUUACAGGCUUGCGACGGCUCAGUCAAUAGAGGGCCGAGUUCUGAAACGAGCAUACAGUAAGCUUAAGCUGGAACAUGUGGUUAUUGGCAAGGGGCAGUUUCAUCAAGAACGUGCCAAGUCUUCAACACCGUUAGAGGAAGAUGACAUACUGGCGUUGCUUAAGGACGACGAAAAUGCUGAAGAUAAACUGAUACAAACCGACAUAAGCGAGGAGGAUCUUGACAGGGUGCUUGACCGGAGUGAUCUGAUGAUUACCUUACCUGGCGAGACUCAAGCACAGGAAGCUUUUCCAGUGAAGGGUCCGGGUUGGGAAGUGGUCUCGUCUAGCUCAGCUGGAGGGAUGCUGUCUUCCCUCAACAGUUAGAACCACUCUUUGCAAAACCACUUCGGUGUGUUUUUUUUUCCGGAACAUAACCGGUUACUUUUGCCUGCUACUCGGAAGUUUUAACUUGAAACCUUGGAAACAUCUGAUGAAAACAAUUGCGGAUAUUGUGUUAUUAGACUAUUUAUUUAUGCC